AUGAAAGAUGUUGAAAAAAACAUGAAUCAUAUAAAGGAGUUUAUACAGACAUUUUAUUUUGCUAAAAAUGUUGAGAUAGUUAUUGAUGAAUCUUCUCUAAAAAGUGUAAAUAAAACACCCAAGGAAAAUGCAGCAAGUAUAAUUAAUUUAUAUACCUGUUACUCUGUGUGGCUCUGCAUGAAUGAAAUAUACCCAUCAUGGUUUGACAUAUCAAUUCACCCAGCUCAGUUUGAUUCGGAAUUGGAUGCUUAUGAAUGUUUGCUAAAAUAUUUGAAUGAAUACCACGAAAGCAAGUUUGAAAGGAUUAUCAAAAAGAUUAUAGAAAAUUUAAAUGACAUGACAGUGAAUGAGUUCAUCGAUAUAUACAGCCUAGUAAUACUGGCUGCCCUAGUCUCGGAUGACAAACAAAAGCACAUAAAUAAUAUUUUGACUCUUAGCCAUGAAACACAAAAAUAUAUACAUAGUAUUGUGGAAACUCUGGAUAAAGAGAACAUGACGGAAUUCAUGAAAAAUGAAAUAAAACAGCUUAAGGAAAAAAUGAAAUAUCUAGAGAUGGAAAAUGAAAAUUUAACUAAUUCAUUAACGGAGAAAAAUAAAGAAAUCGAAGAGAACAAAGAAAAGAUAGAGAAUUUGCAAAAACAAAUUAAUACAGCUUUCGAAAAAUCGAAAAACCAGUACAUGACUCAAAUAGAGGAACAAGAAAGAAAAAUUAAUGAUUUACAAAACAGCUUAGAAAAACAAAUUAAAGACAAAAAUCUCAUAGAAAAUGAUUUAAAAGGAAAAAUCAAAGAGUUAGAGGAUGAGCAAAAUAUUUUGAAACAAGAAAAUUCAAAUAUAGAAAAUCUGCAAAAUAAAAUAAAUAAAUAUAAAGAAAAACUGGACGCAUUAAUGACUGUUCAAAACAUCAAUAAAGAAUUAGAAGAUAAGCUUAGAAAUAAUACACAAAAAAUGGUGGAUAUGGAAAAUGAAGCUGAAAAAUUAAAGUUCGAAGCAAAUAACCUAAUAAUAUACAAGGAUAAAUGCGCAGCAAAAAAUCAGUCUUAUGAUCAGUUGAAGAAAGAGCAAAACUUUGAUAAAAUCAACAUUGGGCUGAGCAACGUAGACCAAACGGAGGAAUUGAUAAGACUUAAAAAGGAAAAUGAAAAUUUAAAGAAACAAAUAGUUCCAGACACAAGUCAAGAAAUGAAUAGAAUGAAGGAGCUUGAAAAUGAAAUUGAUGAUUUAAAGAGAAUAAAUAAAAAGCUAGAAGAUAAAAUAUCCGAAACUAUGGAUAAACAAUACACAAAAAACGACCCACUUUUGUUGGAAAAAUAUGAGGAAAAGCAGAAGGAAAUAGAUGAAAAACAGAAAGAAAUAGAUGAAAAUAGACAAGAAAUUAAAGAAUUUACUGAGACGAACCAAAAAAUAAAGAAUGAAAUUCCUAAUAUACAAGGAAGCUCAGAUUUAGUUAUAAAUGAGAAAAUCAUAAAGUUAGAAGCUGAGCUACUAAUGGAGAAGAAAAACUGCGCAAUUGUAGAAGAGUCCACAAAAAAUAAAUUAAGCAAGGAAUUUAAUUCGGCAUUACAAAUAUUUAAAGAGCAGCUGCAAAUUAGGGAAAAGGAAACUGAAUAUUACAAGGACGCACUGAAAACACAAAUAGAUAUUUCCAAAGACGAACAGAAAUUAUUAAGCGAAAUUAUUCACAGUUUAGGUCUCAAAUAUAAACAGUUGCAAACUUAUAAUUUGUCCUUAAGAAAUGAGAUUACGGGAAUAAAAUUAAGAGCCCAAACGUGCACAGAUCUAGAGAAGAAAUAA